AUGUCCGAAGACACUGAGAGAACGCCGCUCCUCACAAAUAAGGGCAAGGGAAAGGCCGAGGACGACUCUUUGCUUUCCGAGUCCGCGCCUCUUCUUUCUGGCUCGUCUGGCACCCCCCGAUACGAUGGCGAACAAGACGAUCCGGACAGGGCAAGUUUCUGCUGCGACAUCUGCAACAGCCCUCAACCAGGCCCACCCUCUAUCUCCAACAUCUCGAAUGCCGGAUCGCAUACAUCUGUGAAGAAGACCAAGAAGAGCUCCACACCAUGGGCUUCAAUUAUCUCCAUCGUGGUGCUAGCAACGUUAGCCGUUUGCAUCAUGCUCGUGGCCUUCUUUGUACCAGCAGCAGUCGAGGAAUACGCCAAGCAGGCCGCGGUUGUUGAGCCGACAAACCUGUCCCUCGAAUCCAUCACGGCCGAUGGCGUGCGAGCUCGCAUACAAGCAAACUUCAGGCUUGACGGCUCAAAGGUUCAGGACCCGACUUCCAGGCGGAUAGGGAAGUUUACGACCUGGAUAGUGAGGGCGCUUGGAACCGAACAAAUGAAAGUCGGCGUAUACUUGCCGGAAUAUGACAGCGUACUGCUUGGCACUGCCGUCGUGCCGCCUCUGACCAUCAGCAUCGUAGAUGGCCAAACCACCAAGGUAGACUUCGUCGCCGAGUUGUCACCCGGGGAUGCGGAAGCGUACCGUAAAGUCGCAAACGAAUGGUUAGAGGGAAAGCUCAAGGAAUUGAAGGUUCUUGGAAAGGCCGAUAUUCCACUCAAGUCCGGAAUUCUUCCGCUAGGCACACACCCGAUCAGUGAGGUGUUGGUCUUUGAAGCAAACCAAAUCCCCACGCUGCCUACGUACAAUAUCUCGCGACUCAAUUUCCGAGACGUUCCAGACUCUGACGGACGAACGGCUGUCGGUGCAGAUGUUGCCGUCACUGCGUUCAACGAGUUCCCUAUCAGUCUUGAUGUGCCCGAGCUUGGGUUCCAGGUUCUUGUUCCUAACUGCAAUGAAUUUGACCCUUACAUUCUUUUGGCCGAUGCCACGACCGAGCCCCUCUCAAUCAGACCACGAGCCGAGGUCACUGCCAACGUAUCAGGCAUCGUUAGGGAGUUGCCGAAAGACUUGACCCGGGUGUGCCCGAAUUCGAAGUCGUCGCCACUAGACAAGUUCUUGGACCUUUACCUGCACGGCGAGGAUGCGACUGUCUACGUCCGUGGCCGAAAGUUGCCUAAUUCAGAGACCCCUGGCUGGAUUGGUGACAUCCUGUCCGAGAUCAUGGUGCCUGUUCCAUUCCCCGCCCAAGGAUUUGACAACCUCAUCAAGAGCUUUUCUCUUACCGACGUGAACUUUCAGCUUCCUGACCCAGAUGAUGACGACGGAAGCCCCAAGGUUUCUGGGACUGUUCAAGUCCUUGCUGGCUUACCUAAGGAGAUGAAUUUCGACAUAAAUGUAACGAACAUGAGAGCGACAGCUGAUGUCAUGUACCAACACAAGAAACUGGGAGAACUCAACUUGCAGGAAUGGCAACCUGCAAACUCGACCAAGAUCGAAGGAACCGAAAAGAAGGAGCCGCUUCUCAAAAUCACAUCCCGAGUGGUCGACGCACCUCUGAACAUCACUGAUGGCGACGUUUUGACAGAUGUUAUGCAGAAGCUCCUCUUCGGCGCAAAGGAGGUCUUGCUUGAUGUCAAGGCCAGUGUUGAUGUCAAAGUCAACACAGCCCUCGGCAAUUUGGUCCUGAAGGACAUCCCUGCUGAGGGCAAAAUCCCAGUAAAACGUCCGUAUUAA